GGCAAGCUCGAAGUAGUCACCGUCAACACCCCUCAGCCAGGACCUGAGGAGGUUCUGAUCAAGGUCUCCGCUAGUGGCGUCUGCUUUUCAGACCACUUCGCCAUUCAGAAUGCGAUGGGCACUCCUUACCCCAUGAGCCCUGGUCACGAGAUUGUCGGCACGAUCGCCUCGGCAGGCGCAAAUGUUGGCAAUGACUGGAAGCAAGGCGCUCUUGUGGGCGUGGGAUGGAACGGCGGUUACUGCACCAGGUGCCAACCGUGCCGUCUAGGUGAUUUCACUGCGUGUCAGAACUCCAAGGUGACAGGUGUGAACAAGGACGGAGGUCAUCAGGAGUACGUGAUCGCCCACUGGACCGCGCUCGUAAAGAUGCCCGAAAACUCCGGCAUCUCCAAUGCCGAACUCGCGCCCUUGCUCUGUGCUGGUAACACUGUGUGGGAGGCCCUUCACGCGAGCCCAGCCCGCGCAGGAGAUGUGGUCGUAGUCAGCGGUCUUGGAGGUCUGGGCCAUCUGGCUUUGCAAUACGCAAGAAAGAUGGGCUUCAUCGUCGUAGCCGUGUCUGGCAGCAAGGACAAGGCCGACUUGGCUAAAAAGCUCGGCGCUCACUACUACUUCUCUGCCGAAGACGAUGUCGCUGCAGAGGUUGGCAAGCUUGGUGGUGCUAAGGCUGCGAUCGCAACCGCUCCAAGCGCCAAAGCUAUCAGCUCCCUCGUUCCUUUGCUGAGCCGAUAUGGAGAAGUCAUUGUCGUCGGUGUGCCGGGCGAUGGCAACCUCGAAGUAUCCGCCAUGGCGCUGGUCUCGAAGAGAGCUGCACUUCGAGGCUACUCUUGUGGCGCCAGCGCAGAGAACGAAAAGACCAUCAAGUUUUCCGUGGCCGAAGAUGUCAAGGCAAUGGUGCAUAAAUUCCCUCUCGACAAGGCGAAUGACGCGCUUGAUGGCGUGCUCAACGGCAAGCCCAAGUUCAGAGUGAGUUGCCUCGACAUCGGCUAGCGCAUUGCGAAGUUGCCUGACUGACUAUUGUGUCCAUUGCCUUCUCAAAGAACGUCAUUGUGUUCGACUAAGCUACUCUAGCCUCGCAUUCGUCGCUAUGUACGUCUGUCAUUGCCAUACUACGAACUGCAAUUUCUCUAAGUUGAUUUGCUUGUCGGAGACAGCGUUGCAAAUGCCUCUGUUGCGACCUUGGG